AUGCAUCUUAUUCCUUUCCUUAUCCUCCUGGCACCUGCCACGUCAUUGGCCGAGCCAAUGCUCUACAUGUUCCCCACGAAUCCCCAACUCCAUCCCCCGGCAAUGUACCCGAAUCAGCAGUUUAUGAGGGGAAAAGUCCGGGAUUUACCCGAUUCCGGGGUGAUUUAUUUGAAUCGGAUUAAGCCGAUUGCCGCCGAGUUUAAGCAGAAUGUGGCUGAGGUGGAGGUGGAGGUGAAACCGCUGCCAAGGCAUCAGAAUAAACUUCCAUCCUCUUUCGAAAAAUACAAUUCCGUGGAAGAGCGCGCACCACCUCGUCGUUCAACCACCACCACCACAACCACAACUACAGUAGCCCCCCAACCACCAUCUACCCAUCAGCCAAGAUUUUUCGCCGAGACGAAAAUCGAUGACCAGAAGUUGGCAUUCCAAAAACCGGAAAAGUUGUCAGUGCCGGAGGAGGCGGAGCUUGAUCGACUUCUGGAUGAUUUGCUGAAAAAUGACAAUAUUCCAAAGCAAACCCUGCAACUCGCAAAAAUGAAACGAAGCGGUUCGAAACGACACGUCGGCGCCAUCGCCCCAAAACUCAUCGCUUUCGACGGAACCGCCCGUGUCGAAAAGCCACGUGGCAAGACGAAGGCUUACGGUAGUCCAACUUCAGUGAGAUUACAGCCAAAGUAUGCUGUUGGAACAUCUUCCACAAAGAAUCAGGGACCUGACUUCGACCCGUGGGAGCGGAUGGGACAGUAA